GACGCUGUUACUUGUUUAUCGUUUGUUAGUUCGACUCGUCACUUGUCUGUUGCACGGUGUACUUGACUCUCAGUCGUUUCAAAAGACAAACAGCAAAAUACCGCGUUGCCGGAUUGCCGCUUUAGCCCGCCAUCGUUUUUCCAGUGGUCGGUCCAGGCCAUAGUUUUCAAUUUUCAUUGAUCUCGUUUCUUUGUCGAAACUUACCGACGCCGUACUUCGAUUUUCGAUUGUUACAUUUUCAAUCUCAAGUCUCCAACAUGAAUCCUAGAUCCAAAGAAAGUGUACCACGUGUUGAUUCUAAUUCUGAAACCGAAGAACAGGAGGAGGAAUACUCAGUUGAGAAGAUCUUAGAUAAACGCACCAGGAAUGGAAAAGUGGAGUAUUUCCUUAAGUGGAAUGGCUACAGUGAUGCAGACAACACAUGGGAACCUGAAGAAAAUCUCGAUUGCGAAGAGCUUAUCAAGGAUUUUGAAGAAAAACUUAAACAAGAGAAGAAGAAAACUCAACCUGAGCGUGGCCGAAAGCGUACGUUAUCCAAUUCAACUGUUACUAGUUGUGCUUCUUCAGAUGCCGGGCCAUCCAAAGGUAGUAGGAAGAAUUCUCCUCCCCAAAAAAAGGUAGAGAAGUCUGAUAAAUUGGACAAGUCAGAUAAGUCGGACAAAUCAGAUGAGAUGGAAGAUAGUGCAACUGUUGAUGGAGAACAAAACGGUGUGUCAGACGAUCCGCCAAAUCAUGUUGAGGAAAACGGCCCUCCCCCUGAAAAAGUGGCUGAAAAAAUUAUUGGCGCCACCGAUUCUAGCGGACAGCUUAUGUUCCUGUUAAAAUGGCAAGGAAUAGAAGAAGCUGAUUUAAUCCCGGCUAAAGAUGCUAAUUUAAUGUGCCCACAAAUCGUUAUCAAGUUUUAUGAAGAAAGACUUACAUGGCAUGCUCCUGAAAACAAAAACGGUGUUUAACUGAUGAUGACAAGUGUUUAUGAAGGGUUAACUAUUAUUUUAUAUUAAAUCCUAUUGUAUAAUAUGUCUUCAAUUAUUUUAUUUUAUUAUUACAUGUGGCAGGAUAUGCCUUACAGUUUAAAGUUAUUAGUUCAUCAAUUAUUAAAUAUUUAACUGUUAGUAACUAAGUACUUUCAUUAAAUGGUAUUUUUUUUUUUUUUUUAUUUCAAUGAUACAGUUUCAUAAUAGUAUUUUCAAAAUUGUUUAUAUUUCAUUUUAUGUUAUUAAAUAACUUAUUAGUUUUGAAAA